AUGCUUCGAGGCCAGGUCAUUUCAUGGAGAGCUGCACUCCAUCGUGCGCCACACUAUGUGACUCCUAGGAUAGCUUCCUUAUCAGCAAGGCAUCACGCGAGCACUCGAUUGUCAUCUCCACGCACACCGGUAUUCCCUACGUCGCCCGUCGCUCUCCGGGCGUUUACGUCAGGUCGAAUCUCAUACAAGGAAAAAGCGCCACCUUCAGACGAUGCGCCGGAAAAUGCGGAAAGCAAUGAUGGCUCAGAGGGGAAGGACACAACUAAGCAAGUAGACUCUCGACGAAAGUCUGGCGAUGCGACGGAGAAGCAAAGUUCACCACAAACGACCGAUUCCCCGAGCCGACGGCGGGAUAAGAGCAGUGCUGAGAAGGAAGAGCAGACGGAAGUGACGAAAAAGGGCGAAUCACAACAAACUAAAAGCCGAGACAGCAAAGCUGAUUCGAGCUCGCCGUCGCCAAUCCCCGUUUCUGGAGGCGGUGGAGGGUCAGAGUCAAAGCCCAGCGGCGGGRAUGGKAAUGAUGAUGGUGGAAGGAGAAGCAAAAAGGGGGACAAGUCGCUUCAAAAACCUUUCAUUCCUGAUGUCUACCCACAAGUCAUGGCCAUCCCGAUUGCGCGGCGACCGUUGUUCCCCGGCUUCUACAAGGCGAUUACCGUGAAAGAUCCGAAUGUGGCGGCAGCUAUACAAGAGAUGAUGAAACGCGGGCAGCCAUAUGUGGGAGCAUUCUUGUUCAAAAACGAUGAUGCGGAUGGAGAUAUUAUCGAGAACCUAGAUGACGUUCAUGAUGUCGGUGUUUUCGCUCAAAUCACUUCCACAUACCCUUUGAACACAAAAGAUGGCGAGGGUGGCCUGACGGCCGUUCUCUAUCCUCAUCGAAGAAUCAAGAUUAGUACUCUGCUAGCACCUAAUGAUCCUGCCCGAAACGGUACAAUCGAUCAGCCAAUCUUAAAGGAUACCGCAGAAAAGAAAGGUGACGUCGUUGCAAGCUUCGAAGAAGGGACGGUUGAAGCUCCACCAAAGGAAGUCUACCACUACGAGCCAACAUCAUUCCUACGCAAACACGCAGUCACCCUCGCCAAUGUUGAGAACCUCACAGAAGAGCCGUUUGAUAAGAAGAGCCCCGUCAUCCGAGCCGUGACCAGCGAGAUUGUCAAUGUCUGCAAGGAAAUUGUUCAAUUCAACCCACUCUUCCGAGACCAGAUUUCUGCCUUCGCAACGGAUCAUUUCCCCGGAAACCUCGGUGAUGAGCCUGGAAAAUUGGCCGACUUUGCAGCUGCAGUGGCCGCGGGCGACUCUGCCGAAGUGCAAGAAGUUCUGGAAGCCAUGAACAUAGAAGAUAGGCUUCCUAAAGCUCUUGUCGUUUUGAAGAAGGAGUUGAUCAAUGCUCAGCUGCAGUCAAAGAUUUCGAAAGACGUUGAGGCCAAGAUUCAGAAGCGCCAGCGAGAAUAUUGGUUAAUGGAACAAAUGAAAGGGAUCAAGAGGGAAUUAGGUAUUGAGUCGGACGGCAAGGACAAACUUGUGGAGAAGUUUAAAGAAAAAGCAGAGAAACUCGCUAUGCCAGAGGCGGUAAAGAAGGUGUUUGACGAGGAACUGAAUAAACUUGCGCACCUAGAACCUGCUGCAUCUGAGUUCAACGUGACUCGUAAUUACCUCGACUGGCUCACGCAAAUUCCCUGGGGCCAGAAGAGCGUGGAGAACUUUGGUAUUAAGAAUGCCAUGUCUGUCUUAGAUGAGGAUCACUACGGCCUGAAAGAUGUCAAGGACCGAAUUCUAGAGUUCAUCGCAGUCGGCAAACUCCGUGGCUCAGUGGAAGGCAAGAUCUUGUGCUUGGUCGGACCUCCAGGUGUGGGUAAGACCAGUAUUGGAAAAUCCAUCGCCCGGGCUCUCAACAGGCAAUACUACAGAUUCUCAGUGGGAGGAUUGACGGACGUUGCUGAGAUUAAAGGGCACCGAAGGACGUAUGUUGGUGCACUUCCGGGAAGAAUCAUCCAAGCCUUGAAAAAGUGUCAGACAGAGAACCCGCUUAUCCUUAUUGAUGAAGUCGACAAGAUUGGACGUGGUCAUCAAGGCGACCCUUCUUCUGCUCUUUUGGAACUUCUUGACCCGGAACAGAACUCGUCGUUCCUUGAUCACUACAUGGACGUGCCGGUGGAUUUGUCAAAAGUUCUGUUUGUCUGUACGGCGAAUGUGACCGACACUAUUCCACGCCCUCUAUUGGAUCGCAUGGAAUUGAUCGAGUUGUCUGGCUACGUCGCUGAUGAGAAAAUGGCAAUUGCCGACAAAUACCUUGCACCUGCUGCCAAAGAACUCAGUGGCUUGAAGGAUGUCGAUGUUAGUUUGCAACGAGACGCUAUCGAGGAGCUGAUCAAAUUCUACUGCCGCGAGAGUGGAGUUAGAAACUUGAAAAAGCAAAUUGAAAAGGUGUACCGCAAGGCGGCCCUUAAGAUCGUUCAAGACCUUGGCGAGGACGUUCUUUCGGAAGAAGAGGCUCUCACAACCGAAGGAAAGCAGGCCAAGGAAGAAUCGGACAAGGAGAACGUCGAUCCACAAGAUGUCUUGAUCGAGCCAGAGAAGGCCAGAACCGAGACCCCUCGAGUUGCUUUGAAGGUACCCGAAAGCGUACAUGUCAGCAUCAGCAAAGAAGUAUUAAAGGAUUACGUGGGCCCACCAGUCUUCACGUCCGAUCGUCUCUACGAUGUGUUCCCUCCUGGUGUUACCAUGGGCUUGGCCUGGACGAGCAUGGGAGGUGCAGCUCUUUACGUGGAAUCUAUCCUUGAGAAUGCACUUACUUACGACUCUCGCCCUGGAUUUGAGACUACCGGUAACCUGAUGAAUGUCAUGAAGGAGUCGACUCAAAUUGCGUACUCCUUUGCCAAGUCAGUGAUGGCUCAGGAGUUCCCGGAGAAUCGAUUCUUCGAAAAGGCUCGCGUACACUUGCAUUGUCCGGAGGGUGCUGUACAAAAAGAUGGACCAUCGGCUGGUAUCACGAUGUCCACCUCUUUACUCUCUCUUGCAUUGAACCACCCUCUUGACCCCACCAUUGCAAUGACCGGAGAGUUGACAGUCACCGGAAAGGUUCUCCGUAUUGGAGGCCUCCGCGAAAAGACGGUCGCUGCCCGUCGUGCUGGUGCUAAGAAGAUCCUCUUCCCAGCUGACAACAUGUCUGACUGGCUGGAACUACCUGAAAACAUCAAAGAAGGCAUCGAAGGUCACGCAGUCAACUGGUACUCGGACGUCUUCAACAUCGUCUUCGCCGACCUAGACCGCGAAGCCGCAAACAAUGUCUGGAAAAAACAGCUCACUAAGCCAUCUAAGUCCAAAAAGAGGAAGGAAGAGCACGACGACGACGAUGAUUAA